AUGAAGAUAUUUUGGCUUCUCUCAUUCUACACACUCACCAGAUGUGUAGCCUCUCCAGGGAGUCUUGGCAACGAGGUUACAAUCGACUUGGCAGGUUCAAACUCCUCCAAAGUCUCCGUCUUUGAUAGCCUUGAAGACGGUCUUCCAUUCAAGACCUUUACCUCCAAGGACGAAGUUUCAAUUGUUGGAAUUGUUGACGGUAAAGAGAGUGUAUGGAAGGCUGCUAGAGGUAAAAAGUGCGUAGCAGCUGUCGCCUACUAUAGAGGAAACUCCAUAAUACUUGCUAUCGAUAUAAAGGAUGCCGAAAUGGUCUUUUACGAGAAGGAUGAUGGGCCGUCUUGGACUCCUAUUACAGAAGAAACCUUUGGAGAGAAACUCGACAAGAUGAAAAGGGGUGAAUCAACUACUACUGCUGAAGUUUGUCAAGGUAAUGCUACUAGUGAAGCUCAAGCUGAAGGGGUUCAAGAGGAGGAAAGGAAGACUAAAAUACCAGCGAUCCUGGACAUUUCCAAAACUAACAAUAAGCACAUUACGGCAGAGGAUUCAUCCAAUGAAAGGGCAAUUUGUACCUCUUUUCAAGUAGAGGACGGCUUUGAAAUCACUAAAAUUGUAGAUGGAAACAAGACCCUAUGGGUAGGUGAUGCAGAUAAUGCAUGCCAAUCUCUGGAUCUGUGCCUUUCCAAGGGUAAAAAAUUUGUUGACAUGACCGUUAAAGGCAACGAGCACAAGUACUAUUCGCAAAGUGACGAAGAAUGGACUGAAAUUGCAGAGGAAGAAUAUAGGCAGAAAUUUGGGGGAGCACAAAAGGACAAGACUCUGAAUGGAGGAAAAUUUGCGAGUUAUGCUGGAGACUCGGUCACUAGGAACCCAGACGCAACUUUUGAUAAACUGAAGGGUUCCUCUUGUAACAUCUCAAAUCCCGAAAAAUCCAAAGUGUAUGUCAUUAGCAAUUCUGUCAAAGGAACAACACAGAAAAGCUUUUACCCUAAUGCGGGUGUGACAAUAACUUCUGUUGCGGAUUCCGGCAAUUUCCUUUGGAUUGCUGAAGAUUCAGAUGAGAAACUCGGUUCUGUAACAAUGUAUUCACUAGAUGAUACGGCGGUCCUAACCGUAACUAUAAAGAAGGGUACAAAGCAACUCUUCAAAUACUUUGAAAAUACGGGUAAUGGAUGGACUGGUAUCUCAGGAAGGGAACAUAUGAGCAAGCUUGAUCAGCUGUUUGAUCCAUCUAAUCAGGACUAUAGACCAGUUUCUGAAACUAGGGUUGCACAAGAAACUGUAAAAAAGACAGCAAAGCCUGUUGUAAAGUCUGGAAGGGUCAGUUUAUUGGCGAUUGGACAAGCAAUACUUGGAACUUCAGAAAAACAAUAUCUUGGUUUCACGACCCCAAUAGAGCUCAAUCUUGCCAAUCUGAGUGACAAAAUCGAGCUCCAUGAAAUCAAGGAAAAUGGUACCACCUAUACAUUCUACCUCCCAAAGAACGGGUGCUAUUUUACAAAGUUGGUAGAUGGCAAUAAGAGAAUUUCAAUAGGACAGGACAGAAAGUGUAUACUGGCCUACAUUUCUCAAGAGCAGAAACAGGUCCUUCUACUCCACAACAUUGGUCUAUACGGCGAAGAAACGUUCAAGUUUAUGGUCAAGGACGGUGAAUGGAAGGAGCCAGAGAAGACCUUGAGGAAGAGACUAGAAGGGGAACGUGAAACAAUGGUCACUGAUAUCAUUCAAAAGAUGUUUGGAGAUGACUGA